GAUCUAUCUAGUAUCUAUCGCGCCCCUCCUCUUACUCCUUCUUCUGUGAUUCAGAACCUCCGCUGUCUACUAUACGGUACAUGCGCGCUGGUUAGCAGAGUGUACUUGUUCUUUUCUUGUUAUCGGUCAUUUAUUCGCCCGCGCUUCACAAUGGACGUUCCUGAGCCCGAACAGACCCCGUUCACUGCGGUGACGGCGCAGACAUCGAAGAUCACCAGGAAAUACCAAGCCUGCCUCGAUGCUUCCACCCCGUUCACCACCUACCGUUGGGUAGGCACCGUCGCUCUCCUUCUCAUCUUCUUCUUGCGGAUUGUCCUGGUCCAGGGAUGGUAUAUUGUGGCGUACACGCUCGGCAUCUACCUCCUCAACCUGUUCCUCCUCUUCCUCCAGCCCAAGUUCGACCCGUCCCUGACGCACGACGAGGGCCUCGAAGACGGCGACGCCGCGGCCAGCCUUCCCACGAAGCAGGAUGAGGAGUUCCGGCCCUUCAUUCGCCGCCUGCCUGAGUUCAAGUUCUGGCACUCGGCUACCAGGGCCAUCGCCAUCGCUUUCCUGUGCUCGUGGUUCGCUUUCUUCGAUAUCCCCGUCUUCUGGCCUGUUCUGGUCAUGUACUGGAUCAUCCUUUUCGUCUUGACCAUGCGCCGCCAGAUCCAGCACAUGAUCAAGUACCGCUAUGUGCCCUUCUCGUUCGGCAAGACGCGGUACGGUCAGGCAUAAUGGUCGACUGGAUCCAUUUCCCUGUUCCAGCCGUCCUUUCCUUCUAACCAACCGACCUAUUCUUGAAUUCUUAUACCUGGUAACUUAUACCUUGUACGACUCGCCACGCUGUCAUUUCGACCUUUUUUCGCCCACCCGCUCACCCGCCCCACCCAAAUGACGGUUCGCAAAUGGCUGGGGACU